UCUUCAAACCAGACAUGGGAGCUGUGCUCGAAAAAUUCAAACCGUUCCGAUACAACAACGAGGAGAUCCGGAUUGUGAUGGUGGGGAAGACCGGAGCUGGGAAGAGCGCCACAGCAAACACCAUUCUGGGAAAAGGAGAAUUUACAUCAAAGUUCUCUCCUACAUCAGUGACCAAAUGCUGCUCCAAGGCCUGUGGUGAGGUGGAUGGACAGAGGGUUGCUGUCAUCGACACUCCAGGUCUGUUUGACACCCAUACAGAUGAAGAGAAAACCAUGACAAACAUCGCCCAGUGCAUCUCUUACGCCUCUCCUGGACCCCAUGUCUUCUUGAUUGUUAUCAAGCUGGACAGAUACACGGAGGAAGAAAAGAAGACGGUGGAGAGGAUUCAGAAAAUCUUUGGAGAGAAAGCAGACAAAUUCAGCAUGGUCCUCUUCACCCAUGGUGAUCUGCUCAGAGGAGGGUCUAUAGAGAAGUUCUUGGAGGACAGCGAGGAGCUGCAGGCACUUGUGGCCAAAUGUAACAGCCAGUCCCACGUCUUUGACAACAACCUGGAGGAUCGUUCUCAGGUCAGAGAGCUGCUCAACAAGAUCAGAAACAUAACAGAGAUGAACAGAGGAAACCACUACACCACUGAGAUGUUCCAGAAGGCCGAGAGGGCGAUCGAAGAGGAGAAACAAAGAAUCCUGAAAGCAAAACAGGAGCAACUUCGCAGAGAGAAAGAGGACUUGAGGAGAGAGAUAGAGGCAAAAUUUUGGCAGUCAAUGAUUAAAGAAAAGGAUGACAUGGAGAGUGAGAAAGAGUGGAUUACAGUUUGUGAAAGAGAACUAGAGAAGGAAAUAAAAAUGCUCGAGGAGAAACAAGAAAUAGAUGCAAGGAGAGAGGCAGAGAGCAGCACUCAGCUACUUGUGCAGAUAGCAAAGGUUAUUGCAUCAGUACUUGUCUUGGCAAUUGGUGUGAUUCUAGCCUGA